AUGGUGGCGCGGAGGGUCGUCGAACGCGCGUCGCGAGGGAGCCGCUCGCAGGGGCGACCUCCGCCGCCUGGCUCGGGCGGGCUCCUUCUCAAAGCGCUGGAGCCGCGCUGCAACCGCCUCGUUCCUUUGCUGGUCGUCCUCCCCGUCGCCUCUGCCGAAGAAGCUGAACCUGCGUGUCGCCACCCAGGCCAGCAGUGCGAGGCCGGCAAGUACGCAGGCAACGGUCGCUUCCGGAUUGCUCUCGAGGCGCCGGCGAAGUUCCUGGAGCUUUCCGCGGAGGCGGUCCGCAGGGUAUGCGGCGCGCUCGGCAUGAGGGAGCAGUUCGAGGCGGCGAUGGCGGCGGGCGAGCUGCUCGAGAUGCUCGAGAGCUUGCCGCGAGGGGCGGUCGAGGCCUCCGUUCGGCUGAUGCGCGGUUACAACCGCACGGGCGAGUGGCCAGAGCCCAUCCUCACCAGCCCUGCCCCGCAGCGCGGCCGCUCGCCAAGCCCCGUCGAUGAGUGGUCAGAUGGUUAG